GAGAGAGCAGGGUCCUCAGUAGUUCAGUUCACUGCUGUAGAAUACCUCAACCCCUCAAUUUUGACAAGCUCAAAAGCUGUUCCAUCAUUUCUGGACCACUAGUUCUCACUUUUCUAACACUAACAAACGCUCAGCGAUCCUACCAGACUGACAAAACGCCUGCAAACACUAACAUGGUGUAUUGUCAUCCAACGAGAAUGAGACGGAGGAUGCAGUUAUAAAGAUGGACUUCCUGUCGUAACUUUCACUCAGAUUCACAGCAUCUGAAACAGCUGUUUGGUUGCCGCGUUCCAAGCCCCAAGACUCCAUUGAGAUGAACAGUGAUGAAUCUACUGCUGCCUCAAUCAGUCCGUUUGUUUGUGUUAUUGUUUUUCCCAACCGACCAACCACGGCAGCGGUAGACCAGGAACUUCUGUGGUCAGCAAGGGCGUUUCCACACCCUGGUGAUGAUCUCUGCACUAAAAAGUGACACGAAAACAUCGGCCCCAAAGAGAUGAAUGUCGCGAUGCCCUGAGAAGAUGCUGCCUGUGGAUGUGACGGAUGAGGACGUCAUGAGAAAACAAGAGGACGUUCUCUUUUAAAAAAAACCCACUUUUUUUAAUCUGUAGUUUCAGAGACAUGGGUUGCUCAUCUCUUUGUGGGCGCAUCUCCACGUGACAGAAGGACAGCCAUGGUUUUAUAAGCCUCGAGUAUUCGAACAUUGUUUGAAAGACAAUCCACCAUGUUGACACGGUGGCUGCUGGCCCUGGCGGCGCGCGUUGGCCUCAUCGUGGUGGGUCUCUGCUGCUGUCUGUCGCUGUUCUACCUCCUGGCGUGUAAACCUGCGUCCCGCAACAGCCAGCAGUCGUUGGUGUGGUCUGGAGGGGCCACCAGCAAGGAGGGAUACCUGGCUUUGUUGCAGGAGAGGGAGGACUCUCACAGACAUUACAUCAACAGCCUGACUAAGCAGAUAGCCCAGCUGAAGGAGGCUCUCCAGGAGAGGACGAAGCAGCUCCGGGAGUCCCUGGAUAAAGCCAAAACCAAAGGGAUUCUGCCUCAGGGUCUGGAGAGUCUGCACAAAACCCCGACACAGUCCGACAUGAAGGAGUUCUUCCGCUCGCAGCUGCACCAGGCGGAGGUGAACUCAGGUGUAAAACUGUCCAGCGAGUAUGCAGUGAUUCCUUAUGACACUUUAACUCUGCAGAGGGUGUACCAGCUGGAGACGGGGCUCACCAGGCACCCUGAGGAGCGGCCCGUGAGGAGAGACCGCAGGGACGAGCUGAUAGGCACCGUGGAAACAGCUCUGCAUGUCCUGAACGGACCCCAGCAACACGCGGACAACAGUAGGCGCAAGCGCACAUACUCCCCUUCAGACUUCAUAGAAGGGUUGACUCGUACGGAGCGGGACAGAGGAACUGUCUAUGAGUUGAUGUUCAAAGGCGACAGUCCGCAGGAGUUCACGCGGCUCGUGCUCUUCAGGCCGUUGGGCCCAGUGAUGAAGGUGAAGAGCGAGAGCGUGGACACGCGCAGCACGCUCAUCAACAUCAUCGUACCUCUCUCCAAGAGGCCGGACACAUUCAGGCAGUUCAUCAGCAACUUCAGAGAAGUGUGCAUCCAGCAGGACGGCAGGGUUCAUCUCACUGUCGUCUACUUCGGUCGGGAUCAGAUAGACCAGGUGAAGGCCACGCUGGACCAGACCACCAGACAGACUCGGUUCAGGAGCUUCACGCUGAUCCAGCUGAAUGAGGAGUUUUCUCGUGGCCGAGGCUUGGAAGUGGGCGCCAGGGCCUGGAGGCGGAGCCAGAACGUCCUGCUCUUCUUCUGUGACGUUGACAUCCACUUCACGGCCGACUUCUUGACGUCUUGUCGUCUAAACGCCGAGCCUGGUAAGAAAGUGUACUACCCAGUGCUCUUCAGCCAGUACAACCCAUCUAUAAUCUACAGUAACCAGACACUUCUACCCUCUGUCCAACAGCAGUUGGUGAUAAGGAAGGAAACCGGAUUCUGGAGAGACUUUGGGUUCGGCAUGACAUGCCAGUACAGGUCGGAUUUCAUCAACAUAGGUGGUUUUGACCGUAACACCAAAGGUUGGGGCUUGGAGGACGUGCACCUCUACAGGAAGUACCUCCACAGCAAGCUGAUGGUGAUUCGCUCCCCGUCUCGGGGCCUUUUCCACCUGUGGCACGAGAAGAGCUGCGCCGACGAGCUUCCCCCGGACAAGUACAAGAUGUGCAUGCAGACCAAAGCCAUGAGCGAGGCCUCGCACAGCCAGCUGGGGGAGCUCUUCUUCAGACGAGAGAUAGAGGCUCAUCUGAACUCCAGGAGGCAGGAGAACAGAGGAGCACGAUGAGGAUGACCGACUUGAGUGAUUGUUUGUGAUUUUUUAAAUGAAUGUUCUUGCUCUGGUUGUCAUGAUAAUCGGUGGUAACUUACAUUACCUGAAACCACGACAGAGAACAGGAAGAAAACUGUGAUUUAAAACCAAUUAUUUAUAUCAGUGGGAAUUAAAUGAUUCAAGGAAUUGACGAGGUUUGAUUAAAUUUGUUUGUGUUAAUAAAAGUAUGAAGAAUGUGA